ACUAAACACCCGCUAAUGGCGGAAAGACAACAAAACAUUUUCAGCUGUUUCAACAAGGAUCGUAACGAGGAGACUUUAGGUUUUUCCUUCGAUCGAUCGAUCGAUCGGAAUCGAAGCGGAGAGGCGAUGGUUCGCGGAACGCUUCAGGUCCUUCUCGUCGGAGCCAAAGGCCUCGAGGACGCCGACUUUUUCGGAGGUAUGGAUCCUUAUGCUAUCCUUACUUGCCGUACACAAGAACAGAGGAGCAGUACUGCUACAGGGAAAGGGUGUAAUCCUGAAUGGAAUGAGACCUUCGUGUUCACUGUAUCUGAUAACGUUCCAGAGAUAACUAUCAAGCUCAUGGACAGUGACACUCUUUCAGAGGAUGAUCUUGUAGGGAAGCAAUGUAAGAUUUGCUUAGAACCAUUGUUUAUGGAAGGAAGUCUCCCUCCAACAGUAUACAACGUGGUUAAGGAUCAGGAAUAUCGCGGAGAAAUCAAAGUUGCACUUACUUUCACUCCUGCGGAGGACAAAGGUGAGGGAGAGGACUAUGGUGGAUGGGGAGAAUCGUCUUGAGCAAACAGAAGUCUCUCUUGGAACAUCAUUUGAUUGAACAUGGAAGUGUAGCUUAAUUUAGUCUUUGAACCCUUGUGUGAUGUUAUCAGAUGCUUGAUCUAGUUGCGUCGUCAUGUUUCAUAUCUUUUUGUUGAAUGGAUAUUUGCUUAUUUGACUUGUGGGUCCAACUGUGGCUUAUUGGUACUAAGCUGACAGCCAUUAGUAAUUUACAACCAAUUAAUUUUAGGCUGGGAGGUCUAUGUUUGGCUUA